AACCAGAGCCCGGAAUAUUUAUCGACAACAAAAUUAUAUUAUUUGAUAGUUUGGACUUUGGCAUUAACAAGACCAAGACUUUUUCCUUAGAUCUUUCUGUAAAUUGGACCACAUUAGCACCAGCAUUCACCAAAAUUGGUAAACCAUUAAAAGUGUUGACGUUUCGCCGUACUGCUUUUAGUGCGCUUAAAAAAAACAAUCGUUCGUUAAUAUAUGCUUUCGGUGGAGCAAUUCCGGUCAAUGAAAGUGAUUGGAAUCUAGGAAUUAUUGUAAACGACUUUUAUCAAAUUGAUGUAGAGUCUUUUUCAAUUUCGUCUGUUAUAUCCGAAGGUAUUACACCAAGUGAGCGAUGUGAUCUGAGUUCAAUUUUUGAUGACAAAGGAAAACUUUAUAUCUGGGGUGGAUAUACUCGGGGAGCUAUAUCAGAUCAAGCCAUGCACAUAUUUGACACAUUUGAUUCAACAUGGAACCGAAUUCUUCCUUCUCAUGUUCCUAUACAAAGGGCUUUUUAUUCAGUGACUUUUAGAGAUGGAAAAAUUUAUUAUAUUGGUGGUACUUUUGCAAAUACUGAUGAAUGUGUCGACAUUCACGAGAUUUUGAUAUAUGAUACUCUCAAUACAAAUGAUAAUCCAUGGACUAUAAGACUAAGGGAUAUAUACAUAACCGCUAUGCUCACUCAGCCGUUCUAG